GUCCGUUACCUCCCAUCCCUGUCUCUAUAAAAUGAGCGAGAGAUCUUUGUUCACGAAAGUGCAUGCAAGCUCGUUUGGGUUCCCGAUCUACUGUUUAUUACUCGGAUAUUGCUAGUUUGUGUAGCUUAAAUAUGAGUCACCGUGUUAGUGACAAGGAUAUGGAAAAGGUGAUGGAUGAGGAAAUCAAAAGUGGGCAUUCUUCCAAUAGACAUGACGACAACACUUUGCCAUAUGUUCACAAGGUGGGAGUUCCUCCUAAGCAAAAUGUUCUCGAAGAGAUCAAAUAUACUGCCAUGGAAACUUUUUUUGCAGACAAGCCCUUAAGCCACUUUAAAGGCCAACCUGCAUCCAGAAAGUUUGUUCUUGGCCUGCAAGCAAUUUUCCCAAUCCUUGAAUGGGGAAGAGGUUACAAUCUUACUAAAUUUAAAGGGGAUUUUGUUGCUGGACUUACUGUUUCAAGUCUCUGUAUUCCUCAGGCAAUUGCAUAUGCAAAGCUUUCGAAUUUGAAGCCUCAGUAUGGACUCUACUCAGCCUUUGUUUCUCCAAUUGUGUAUGCUAUAAUGGGAAGCUCAAGAGACAUGGCUUUGGGACCAGUGGCUGUGGUAUGCCUUUUGCUUGGGACAAUGAUGACAAAAGAGAAUAAUGACUAUGAAAGUUUCGACUAUGUUCGUCUUGCAUUUACUGCCACCUUUUGGGCUGGAAUCACUCAAAUGGCUUUUGGAAUUCUCAGGCUCGGAUUCUUGAUCGAGUACUUAUCUCAUGCUGCCAUUGUGGGAUUCAUGUCUGGAGCUGCUAUUGUUAUAGCCAUGCAGCAGCUUAAAGGAUUUCUUGGCAUACGAAAAUUCACCAAGAAGAGUGACAUUAUUAAUGUCAUGCGCGCAGUUUGGACUAACGUAGAACACGGGUGGCAUUGGCAAACGAUACUCAUUGGAGUAGCAUUCUUGGCUUUUCUCGUUAUAAUAAAGAAUACGGCUAAAAAGAACAAGAAACUAUUUUGGGUGGCUACACUUGCUCCUUUGACGUCUGUUAUAGUGUCCACCUUUUUUGUCUACAUAACCCGAGCUGACAAGAAAGGUGUUGCAAUUGUGAAAGACAUAGAUAAGGGAGUGAAUCCAAUAUCUGUUGGUGAUAUUUUUUUCAGCGGAAAAUAUCUUGGUGCUGGUAUUCAGAUUGGUGUAGUAGUUGGUCUGAUUGCACUCACGGAAGCAGUGGCAAUAGCGAAAACAUUCGCUUCCAGGAAAGAUUAUCCCUUAGAUGGUAACAAAGAAAUGAUUGCAUUGGGAACAAUGAGUGUUGUUGGUUCAUUCACAUCUUGUUUUUUAGUUUCAGGAUCUUUUUCACGUUCAGCAGUGAACAGCACGACUGGCUGUAAAACUGCUGUAUCAAACAUUGUUACAGGCAUUGUGGUGUUAUUAACCUUGCUGUUCAUCACACCGUUAUUUAAGUACACUCCAAAUGCAGUGCUUGCUUCUAUCAUAAUAUCUGCUGUGCUAAGCCUUAUUGACAUUGAAGAAUUCGUUCAUUUAUGGAAGAUAGACAAGUUUGAUUUUGUAGCUGCCAUGGGAGCUUUCUUUGGUGUGGUUUUCAAAUCUGUUGAGAUUGGCCUUCUUAUUGCGGUGAUCUUAUCAUUUGCCAAAAUCCUUUUACAAGUUACAAGGCCAAAGACAAUGGUACUUGGGAAGAUUCCAGGGACGAAUGUUUACAGGAGCAUCUUUCAAUACCCAAAUGCUAAACAGAUUCCUCAAAUGCUGAUUAUUAGAGUUGAUUCUGCAAUCUAUUUCUCUAACUCCAGCUAUAUCAGAGACAGAAUUCUGCGAUGGCAGGAAGAUGAAGAUGAGCAAAGGAAAGAAAGUGGCUUUCCCAAAAUAGAAUAUGUGAUUGUUGAGAUGUCACCCGUUACUGACAUUGACACUAGUGGCAUCCAUGCCUUUGAAGAAUUACACAAGAGCCUCAAGAAAAGAGGAUUACAGCUUCUGGUGGCAAAUCCUGGGCCAGUUGUAAUGGAGAAGCUGCAUGCGUCCAAGUUGGCAGAGACUAUUGGGGAAGACAAGAUAUUUCUAUCAGUGGCUGAUGCUGUUGCAACUUUCGGUUCAAAGGCUGAUCAUGAAGUUUGAUAGGUUGAUAAUUUCAAACUAAGAACCAAUAUAAUUCGUUAGUUAUGAAUGGAUUAAUUGGUUGAGAUAAAGAUUAGCUUGGCCAAUCAUGGUCCGAGGAGAUUCCUACGUGGCAUGCUGUAGUCUUGUGUUGUUGUCAGGCUUUGUUGCCUUUUUUCCCAGAUAAUGUGUGAAGUCAAUGGUCAUCAAUUCAUGUAGCAUAUAAAAGGUCAUGUAAAUUUGUUCUGUUUCAUUGUUUUGUUUCACAUUUUAGUACAAGAUGUUGAAAAAAAAAAAAAAUCUGAUCAGGUUAGUUCAGAUUAGAGUGUGUAGGGUUUGGGUAGUGAUCAAGCUAUUAUUAAGUCCUUUAAUGUAACUAAAAGAAAAUAAAUAAAGUAAUAGAAGAAAAGUUUGGGAAGUUGUUAUAUA